AUGGCAGACAGAUUCGAGCCUGACAAGCUACACAACGAGCUAGACGUCCUGGUGAACUAUACCGACAUCGAAAGAGAUCUCGAAAAACGUUUUCGAACCUCCUACUCACCCUUCACCCCCGCUAUCCACCGCCCCAUCGGCCCAGAUGCAAUCGACCAGUCGUCUCCCAUGUCUACAACUUCUUACUUGCUCAAAGCUCAUCUCCCCACUGCAGCACCUGAGGAAGAGCACCGUACCCACGGCGAAAACGCACAAUACAGCAGUGAAGAGGAGCCAUCUCUCAAGGCGUCCAUGCUCCAGGGGAUCAGAACAAUCGAGAAGAAAGAGCAGGUGUCCAGAUGGCAAGGAAGUGUUGGUUUGGAUCAACCCGUCUCGAUGACAACCGGAAUGGUCCACGAUAGAGAGCGUCUGAUUGACCUGGGGGAGCCCGAGAUAGCAACCGAGAAGGCGACUUCAUACAGUGGAUCUGAUGAUGGGGAGUGUAUUCAGCCGACGGGAGAUAUUGAGAUGGCCAAUGUGUCUGCUACAGAGGCACAUGAAGCGUGGUCCAACAAUGCGACAGACGAGAUGGUAGAUGACGAGAAGCCUGUUUUGUUUAAACGUGAGCGGAAGACCUCGCCAGAGUCUCCUGACGGUUUUGUCUUCAAGCGACGUCGUAGCGCUCGUCUUGCUGCUUUGCUCGCCAAUCCGGAGUAA